ACAGUACUAGAGCUCGUUCGUCAUCGAUCGAUAUGCGAUCUUAUGAAGACCAAUCAGAGGCUAAUCAAAGUUCUAACGAAAGAAGAAGACUGAGAAUGAGGGGAAUAGAAAAUAUAAUUACAUUUAGGAUCAAUUCAAAGUGAACGUCUUGAUAAUGGCAAGUUCAAAUGUCAAAACAUUUGUUUCUGAGAAGGAGCUGUCUGAGCAGCGACAACGUCGACAAGAAGAGUGGGAUAAAGUUCGUACUGCAGACCAACCAGAAGAGUGUCCAGAAGAGGAGUAUGACCCUCGCUCGCUUUUUGAAAAACUCCAAGAGCAGAAAGACAAGAAGCAGUCAGAAUAUGAUGAGCAGUUCAAAUUUAAAAACAUGAUAAGAGGAGUUGACGAUGGGGAGUCCAAAUUCUUGAAUGAAGUUGCUGAAAGACAGAUGAAGGUUCAGGCUCAGAGAAUGUCAGAAGAGAAGCAAAUCAUCAAUGAAUACAAGGACUUAGUUGUGAACAGUACAGUACCAGUGACAAGCAGAGAGGCGUCCCAGUCAGGUGAGAGGAAAGUACAGACAGGAAACAAGAGAAGUCAAGCAAGUCUCCUAGCCGGUGCAGUCAAGAGAAAGAGGCCAACUUCUACAGAUGAGUCCAAAUCCCCUGAAGGCCCUGCAGCCACAAGCUCAAAGAAUAAUGGAUCUUCUCAAGCAACAGGAGCUUCUUCAUCUGACGACAGCUCUAGUGAUCAAAGUUCAAAGGACAGUCCUGGUGAAGUUCAAGGAGUCCAGUGUAUUGCAGUUCUUCCAGGGAUUGGGUCAUAUUCAAAUAGCAGCGAAGAUUCCGACUCGGACACUAGUGAUUCAGAAGGAGUGGAACUGAUCAAGACAGUGUUCCAUAAAGGCACAUCCAGACACAAAUGUGAUUCAAAAUGAGUAUGUGUUUCUACAGGAAACAUAUUUGUUAUUCAGACUUGAGCUCCUGUUGAAAAGGCAUCUUGAACAUCAUUCAUGCUUUAAUACAGAGCAUUGAACACAUUUUUUUCUUCUGAAUUAGAUGCUAAUUCACCCUUAGAGAGCGUGAGAUAUAAAUUAGGGGUUGAAAAUAAGCUCUGGUGAGUAGAAAUAUUUUAUCAGAAAUUUUGUAAAGCCUUCCUGUUUUUAUGCUGUCCAUCUAGUCUGCUGUGUAUGUGCAAAUCCUUCACUCAAGUCAACUGAUCUGAUUAAUCAACCUACAAUGACGUGUGUACUGUAGGUCCUAAACAGCAACUUUGAUAUGUGCUAGUCUUGCGUGAAGAUCCACUUUGUUAAUCAAAUUUUCAAUCAGGGUCUGUGCCUGCAGACCACAGUGGGCCAGAAUAGAUCCAAAGUGCACCCAAAACUAUUAUUCACACAUUUGUACAGUCAAAUUUGGUAUGCAUGAGCAAUCUCUUUCAGUCAGUCGGCAGGUCCUCAAAAAGUAGCUUCAUUUAUUCCAGUGAUAUUCAAUACUAGAGAGGUUUCACAUAUUUAAUUAGCUGGGUGCAGACCAAAACACCUCUUUUAGUUCCGUCAUUGCUGCUCUAAAUGUAAAAUUUCAUGAUUUUGAUAGCAUUGUAAAGAGGAAGAAUAAUUCUUUCAGGUCAUGCCAGCGAUGAAAAUGUACAUGUAUACAAGCAAACCACAACAACAACAAAACAAGAAAAGUCUGCUCGGAGUACAAACUAUGCAGUUAAUGACAUGGAGUACCACCCAAUCAAAGAGGGCACCCUACCAAGUAUUGGUAAUAGUAAAAUACAAGAAGGUAUUUUAAUUCCUGGGGUACAGUGAUCUCGAGUAUGUAAGUGGAUACCAGAAUUCACUAUAGUGACUCUCACUAUAGUAUUUUCCGAAGUUGUAAGCAAUGGAAGUUUGCAAACUAAAGCCAUCAAAUCAUUCUUUAAUCCGUACUAUUAUCCCUUUAUUCAAACCACAAAUAUCUGCAAAGGCUUUUACAUUCUUGAAAACUCUUAGCCAUGUUCCCAUUGAUUGUAUUUCCUGUACCUUGUUUAGGUUCACCCACUUUGAUUCCAAGCUCUUCCUUGAAGCAAUCAUUGAUCACUUGCUUUUUCGUGUGGAUCACUUUCUUGUGUUCAUUCAAAGAUCCACGCCAUUUCUUUAUCUCGGUUUAGUUAGCAAGCAGUCUUGAAGCACCUGAUCAUUUUAUAAAGAAGCAAUACGCUAUACAUGUAGGUGUUUGGAUCAGAGCAAGACAUUCUACCAGAUUGUUAAACUGUAUUAGAGUCGCAUGGCAGAUAUUUCUGUACAUCUCGUGGAAGAUUUUGUAUUGGUGAGCACGUUGAAUCGACCUUCUGGUCCACUAUGCUGAGAUGGAGUUCGCAAUUGACCUUCACAUCUGCGAUUGUAUUCAAGUCAGCUUCUUUAGUAAUCCAUGGAUUUUUGGCAGAGUGUUUCUUUUGAUUAGAUAAUUGUGACACCAUCGGUGCAUGCUUAUCACAUAUUUACUGAACAACUUUAAAAACAUGACAUGCUUUGUUCACAUCUUUUUGUCUAGAGAUAAUAUCCCAUAUAACUUCUGCUAAAUCUCUCUGAAACUUGGCUUGAUCAUAAUUCUUAUAACUGCGGAAAGUCAUUCCCUCAUUUCCCAUUUGUUUACCUUAAAAGUUGCAAUUUUCAAAAACUAUAAAUAUAGGAAAAUGAUCUGACGAAUCUGUUUCUAUUACACCUGCAUGAGUUUUAAAAGUACUAACAAUUGUGUAUAUAUGAUCAAUCAAGGAAGAAGUUAGUCUUGUAACUGGUGGGAGUUGUAAUAAGUUGUUUUAAACCAAGACAUUGCAAAGUAGUUUUGAAUUUUCGAUAUUUUGAUGAUCAUUUAAAAAGUCAAUAUUAAAUCACCAGUCAAAAUGCACUUUACCUUAUCAAGCUUUAAAGUUGACAGAACAUCAAGCAAGCUAUUUUCAAGUUCACUGAUAUCAGUGUUUGGUCUACGAUAUAUUAUGCCCAUAAUGAAUCUUUUUGUCUUGAUGCUUAUUUCAAGCCAAAGACUUUCUGAACUUGCCACAUCAAAAUUAAGAACAACAUAUCUUAAAGAUGAAUUGAUGUAAGCUCCCACUCCUCCUCCCCUCAUAUUACCUGUUCUACACUUAACCUCAAGAUUGUAUCCAGCUAAGCCAAGUAACGCUUUGUUAGAUACAUUCCAAACCUCUGAUAGAGCAAUGAUAUCAAACUUCGAAUCCAAAUUAUCAAAAGUAAGGAUAAUCCAUCAAAAAUUUUCUGCAGUGAUCUAAUGUUAACGUGAGUCAUACUAAAUUAAUUUGCAAUAUGUCUUCCUAGGACAUUAUCAAUUAAAUCUGGGCUUAAUGUGUAAGAAGAAACAAAAUUUGAGUCUUCAGAUUCCAUAAGUAAGUAGUUUGAAGUGUCCCUGGCAACAACUGCAUAUUUAAUUUACAAUAUGGAGCUUAAAAUCUCUGUAGCCGAUUUCGUCCAACUUCAAAGAGAUCAGCCGGGGUUCUUAUAGCUUUGAAGGUACCAUCAUCCAUUUUGCAAAUUAUUGUCCCUUGCCUAGUUGAUGCACUUAUUACUCGUGGAGCUUUCUUUGCAGCCAUGAACACAGAAUAGCGUAGGGUGGUCAAAUCUUCAUUUAUAAAAAGUCCUUUGUAGCGUUCUUUUCCCUUGAGCUUGAACCGAGCAUCAAAAAGUUUGUCUCUCUUCCUCCUAGUUACAAACCUGACGAUGGCUUGCCUGGGUUUUCCGUCUGUGCGCUGCCUACCCAGUCGAUAGCACAUUGAGAUGUCGUCUGGCUUUAUCUCAACACCAACAUCUUUGGCCAUGCCACAUACCUUUUCAAUGAGGCCAUCAUCUGUCUCCUCACUCUGAGAGAGGCCGAGCAAUCGCAAGUUUUCUUUCUUCAGUUCUUGCUGCAAUUCAUCCUGAUUAAACUGCAUGCGCAGCAGAGAGGGAUUGAUAAUGUCCCUUAAGCUUGUCAUGCAAGCAUCACGAAUAGCCUGCACUAUUGUUGGUAGUGCAGCUUUAAGAGCUGCCUCCACUGCAGUUUUAACUAUGUUGGAGAUGUCAUCAUGGUUACCUCCUGCCCCCAUCUGCUCACCGUCUAGCUGAUCCAUGAUUUCCUCAAGGUUUAUGUAAACACCAUUACUGUUUUGUGGUCUGGGAACCUCUCUUUUACCCCCUUAUCAAUCCUAGGUGAUGGAAUGCGACCUUGCUGACCUUGCUGAUGUGAUAUCCCUGAUGGACUCUUUCCACUUCUAGUUGUACGGCCCAUGCUCAAUGAACAGUGUAUUGAAGAUGAAGAUUGAAAGAUGAAAAUCCACAAAUGCACAAAAAACACAAGUUCUUUUGAUCCAAGCAAAAUGUUAAUGAUCUAGUAGGUUCCUGAGCUUAAAGUUAAGCAAAUGUAUUACUAUGUAAGCAUAACAAUACCUAUAACAGUGUUAAAACAGGAAGAAUUUGGAGAGCACAUGUGAAGCAUGCCUAUCUCAGUCAAACCAUCUUUAUUAUACAUCUUUAGUUGUAUCCAGAGCAACAUCCAUAGUUUUUAACUAUCAAUUCCCUGCGUUUUUUAUGCAUCCACCUCUAGGAUUAGCUAUGUAGUGUCUUUCGCAAUUUUAAGGCAAAGAGGUCGACAGGAUUCUCCCACAGUAUCUGAUCAUCCCUUUUCAGUUGUAGAGGAACCACUGUUGACUGUUGUGCAUUACAAGCUAUCAUCCGUUCUCUCUGGAGUAGAAAAACGGUUGAUUAAAUUUACUCUGACUUGAUGAAUCAUCAAAUUCAUGCUUACAAAUUAACACGUGCUUGUUAUCCUCCUCCACUAUGUUUCAUAUUGCUUUUUUAUCCUUGAUUCAAUUCAAUUCAAUUAAAAAAUUGUCUUUUUUUAUAAUCAAACAUGUUAACAAUCAUACAUGAAAAAACAGCAGGAGCUGGAAAAAUCAUGUUUACAAGUCGGUGUCGGCACAAUUAAAUACAUAGUAAAAAACAUAGUAAAAUGCAUUAAAAAGGUUAUACAUUUAAAAGUUAAUACAAUUUAGAUAAAUGCUGUAUGGUCAAGAUGAUUCUGGAGAUAAAUCUAGGCAAUGUUUGCAGGAUGACGGCAUAUUUUUCUUUGCUGAUCAUUUCAACAUGUUUGUUUCUACAAUGCUUGGUAAAUCUUCAUCUGGAGUGUAUCUUUCAGGCAUCCUGACGCUGUGGCAAGUUUGCUGAUCUUGGCAGGUCAAGAGCCCCAGUAGCCAGUAGUGUGUUGGGACGUGGAAGGCACAUUUGAAUCAACUCUUGCAAUGUCAUCAGGAAGAAUAUUGCUAUCAAACCACUCACUUUACUUCUUGAGAAACGGCACAUGUUUGCGAGGGCUUUUCUCUCCACUUAUGCAGGCAUUUGUACAAAGUAUCCUUCAUGGCUCUAGAUAUUUUAGAGAGUAAAUCUUCAGGUAGGAUAGAGUUAUCAAAAUCAUAAUACAUUUGGUAUGCGUGUAGUACACUUGAUGCUACUUUGGAAGGAUUUUUAUGAUAAACAUGGUGAACAUGUAUGAUGUGGAUGAAAAAUCUGUUAUUUCUUCGGAAAGUGCAAGUAGCCGCAGCUAAAUUUGGUAUCGGUGUAACAAAGCAUGAGGUAUAGCUUAGACCAUCAUGGUAUUUUGUGCGCAACAAUCCAGAGAAAUUUGUUUAAAAAGUGCCUGUUAAAAAAGACUUAGAACCCCCAUUUUCAUGUGGUUUUGUGCAAAAUUACUUCUAGAGGGGUGAUUAUUUUUUUCUUUAAUCUCCUUAAUCACAUAGAAUAAUCAUUCAUCAAAAGGCACCUUUAGUUUGAAAUACAUUAAAUCAUUAACAUGUGAUGUAUCUGUAAUGAGUCAUUUUCCAGUAAAGUUGAAAAAGUGGGGUACUAUUUCAUGGGGACAUUGCCUGGGAUAUCUUAUUAAAACAAAACUUGUUGCAUGACCCAAAACCAGUUUUGGUGCACUUUGCUCACCCCUGUCCCACUGUGCAUGGUCAGACCAUGGUUAUCUAUGCUGAAAACAAUUAAACAAAUGUUUGGGAUUCAUCCAAGUCCUCCUGUGGCUAAAUGAAUUUAACACUUCUAUCACUAAGAAUAAUUAGACCACUUUAUCUUCAAGUCAAACCAAAUAUUAUUGCACCAUUGGUAGGAGUAUACUGUUACUCUUUUAUAUUGGUCAUUUAUUUUGUAUAAAAUAUUUUGAUAAAUUAGUGAUUCUAAGGACUGAAAAUACCUCAAAGCAGAAUUUGAUACCUCUUUUUCAUGUUUGACUAAAAGGAAUAAUGCUCAUGCUCAUAAUGCUCAUGAGAUUUGGUACACACAUAGGUCUUGGAGUGAAGAGUGCAAGACAAGUUAUUUGAGUGUGUCAGGAAAUAUGUUGCCAUGGUAAUGGCAUAUGAUGUCCAACCAUUUCUUUGCAUAAGGCCAUUAAUUAUAUUUUUAGUUCUUACCCAGAAGUUUAUUAAUAAGUUUUAGAAUUCUUCUGCCAAGUUAUCACAUGCCAUACCUCUUACAUGUUAAAAAGUUAUACUGUCCCAUUUCGUUUUGAAAGGAAUUUACUUUGUGUUCUGAGCUAGUUAAAAAAUAUAUUAUUGUGAUGUUCUUGAUAUCAUAAUCACAUCUGUGAUGAAUUAUUGGUUUGCUGAAUGAUUAAGUUUGAAAUAAACAGUAGAUGCUGUAUUAGCAUGCUAUAGCAUCAUCUAUUAAGAUUGCUACACAUGAGACAACAAUCCUUAUGAAUUUAACGGUCCAAAUAAGAAUAAAUUAUGUAUUAAAUCAGUUAUGUGAGUGUAAACUGUAACACACAGUUGCAAUGAAACUUCAUGAAUAAACUUCAUUUGAUAUAUAGUUUGCAUACCUUGGGCCAUACGAGCUUGAUAAGUCUACUAAGCAGAGAUAUCGUCUGUUCAUGCUACAUGUGGUUCAGUAAUUCAAAUACAGCUCGUGAACUUGUAAGCUAGUGAACACUUUUUGCGAGAGUGAUAACAAAUUUCCUAGAAAGCUAGUGAACACUUUUUGCAAGAAUGAUCACGAAUUUCCUCGUUGACCAUAGUAGAUUGCGAGACAAAUGAAUACCCUCUAGCAAUUACAUCUUGGUUAAUUACAAAUUUCUUCUACCAUUUUUUGGCUGUUUAUAUAUUCAAGCUCAGUAAUGUACAAGAUUUUUGUUCCUAAAGGAUUGGCAUGGGCCUAUUCAUCAACUUUGGGCAAUCAUAUCUUGUUUUAGCUAUUACAUAUUAUCCUUAGAGCCUUCUUGCUAUGGCUGUAGUUGACAUUGAAGAAAUGUUUGUUUACAACUAAGCUUAUUGGUAACGUAAGUUUUAAAAGGUUAUCAGUGAUCAUGAACACCUGUGAUUUACACUGUAACUUCUCCAUGUUACUGGAGAUUCAGUUGUUGGUCAAUUUGAAUGACCAUAUUGAAAUAAAUAAUCUAAAUUAUGAGCUUUUA